AGCACGCGGCGGCUGGGUUGAUGACGAUGCCAGCGAGGGUGGAGCUAAAGCGGCGCUUCCACAGGAAGAUGGCGCUCCCCGCGGCUGCGGACCGGCGGCUCAAGUCUGACACCGACGAGCAGCAGCUGUGCCUCAACAACCACCGGGAUGACCUAGGGGACCUGGAGCUGCCGCAAGAGGUCGAGAGCGAGGGCAUCCCGCUACACACGACCUGGACCUUCUGGUUGGACAGGUCUCUUCCUGGGACAACUGCAGCAGAAUGUGAAUCAAACCUGAAGAAGAUAUACACGGUGCACACGGUACAGCGUUUCUGGAGUGUUUAUAACAACAUUCCUCCUGUGACAAACCUACCUCUAAGAUGUAGCUACCACUUAAUGAGGGGAGAAAGGAAACCACUAUGGGAGGAAGAAUGCAACGCUAAGGGAGGGGUAUGGAAAAUGAAAGUUUCUAAAGACAGCACAGCAUUGGUUUGGAAAGAAUUGUUGCUAGCUACUAUUGGAGAGCAGUUUACAGAUCACUGUUCAACAGAAGAUGAGGUGAUUGGUGUCAGUGUGAGUGUACGUGACCGUGAAGAUGUUAUCCAGGUAUGGAAUGGAAAUGCUACCGUAGUUGGUGAAGCUAAAGUCCUAGAAAAGAUCUACGCGCUUCUGCCAAACACAACUUUUAAAGCUGUAUUUUAUAAACCUCACGAAGAGCACCAUGCAUUCGAAGGUGGCCGUUCAAGACACUAGCAGUGACCUGGCAACAAACAUCGCAACCUUUAACCAUCAGAGGAAACCACAAAUCAGUGUUGCUGGUACACCACCGUACAGUAAAGUGGGUUAGAACCUGGCAAGAAAGUCCAGGAACUGGUUUUAAUGCUGAACUACACUGGUCAUCUUUUUUAGAAAAGUUUAAGAGCUCCUAAAUGGGCAAUAGUAAAGUCCAAUUCUCAUUUUUAUUUUUAUUCUUGCUUUGGAAACUCUGAUGGCUUUGCUGCUAUAAAAGAACAAAUCUUGCUGCCCUAUGAAUCUUUAAACAGACUUGAUCUGUUAAGUAACUCAGGGCUAUUUCUGUGAAGUUUGUAAAGCUGUCUUUUCCUUUAAAAACAAAAUGGUUAUUUUUGGAAGAGUUUUCCUGCACAUAAGUUUCCAAGAAGAAUGAACCAGUUUGCUCUACAAAGUACUGUGAUAACCCAGCACUUUUUCCCAUAAUGCUUUGCAGUAAUAGAUGGAACUCUUUUGACAUGAAACUUUUAUGCAGAGGUCUGUAUGCACAAUCAUGUUGUAGUACUUGGAAGUUUCCAUCGCUGACAUUCCUGUGAUGGUCCCCCCGCCCCCCCCAACCCAAUAGAUCACUGCACUGUAAUUUAAUGAGAUCUCAUCUUGCGUGGACUGUAUUGCACGAGAGUGCCCAAUUUUACCUGUUGUGUUUUACCAGCCUAUGUAAUUUUAAGAUGGCGUUCUUGUCAGAAGAAGAUCUCUAAAUGUGUAGCUAUUAUUUUAGCAGUUAACUCCUUGGCUUAUUUAAAUACUUGUCCACUCUAAUUGCUAGAACUAUUUUUUACAAAGGCAAAGCAUUGCCAUGUGCCCAUUUAUUUUCCUGCUUAUUUGAGGAUCCGUUGUAUGUCGCUGACCCCCAGGUUGGGUUCUAGGUGCUCGGCAUGCAGUGAAUGGGGUUUUGGCAGUGCUUGGCCUUUAUAAAGUUGUA